AUGCAGAAGCCUUGUUUGCCCAUCUCCAAUGAACCCCUGAGAAUCCGAACCUGCUAUAUCAGAGAUCCUGUAUCAGAUGGGGCUUGGGAUACUGAGGGAGCCGGAAGGAGAGGAGUACCUCAUGCCCUGGUGGCUGCCAGACAGGCCGCUAGGCGACUCCAGGGUGUCCUCGCAGUCCCUCCAGUGCAAGGACCCCUGCUUCUGAGUCGAGACCCUGCACAGUACUGCCAUGCUGUCUGGGGAGACCCAGACACCCCAAACUACCACAGGUGCAGCCUCUUGAACCCAGGGUACAAAGGAGAGAGUUGCCUGGGAGUAAAGAUCCCUGAUGCCCAUCUCCGUGGUUACGCACUGUGGCCAGAGCAGGGUCCCCCACAACUGGUCCAGCCAGAUGGGCCUGGGGUCCAAAACACUGAUUUUCUCCUGUAUGUGCGGAUUGCCCACACUUCCAAGUGCCAUGGAGAGCCUUCUAUCAUAGCCUAUGCUGCCUGCUGCCAGCUGGACUCAGAAGACAGGCCCCUUGCUGGUACCAUUGUCUACUGUGCCCAACAUCUUGCCAGCCCCAGCCUCAGCCAUAGUGACAUCAUCACGGCCACACUACAUGAAUUGCUCCAUGCUCUGGGUUUCUCUGGACAGCUCUUCAAGAAGUGGCGGGAUUGCCCCUCAGGACCCGGUGUUCCAGAGAACUGUUCUACAAGGCCACAAGUCACAAGGCGUGAUGAGUGGGGACAGCUGCUUCUCACUACCCCAGCUGUUAGCCACAGCCUGGCCAAACACUUGGGAGUGCUGGGGGCUUCACUGGGUGUUCCCUUGGAAGAAGAGGGCGCUUUGUCUUCACACUGGGAGGCCCGACUGCUCCAGGGUUCUGUAAUGACCGCUACCUUCAAUGGUGCCCGGCGCACUCGACUUGAUCCCGUCACUCUUGCUGCCUUCAAAGAUUCAGGCUGGUACCAAGUCAACCACAGUGCUGCAGAGGAGCUGUUGUGGGGCCGGGGAUCUGGCCUGGAAUUUGGCCUGGUGACCACAUGUGGGGCUGGCUCCUCAGACUUCUUCUGUACUGGCAGCGGACUGGGCUGCCACUACCUGCACCUGGACAAGGGGAGCUGUUCCUCAGACCCCACGCUGGAAGGCUGCCGCAUGUACAAGCCCCUGGCCAAUGGGAGUGAAUGCUGGAAGAAGGAAAAUGGAUUCCCACCUGGGGCAGACAACCCCCACGGGGAAAUUUACCAUUCCCAGAGUCGUUGCUUCCUUGCCAACCUCACUUCACAACUGCUCCGUGGGGACGAGACCAGGCGUCCCUCUCAGAUCCCACACCUGAAGGAAGCAGAGCUCACUGGCCGCUGCUACUUACAUCAAUGCACAGAAAGGGGAGCAUACAAUGUGCAGAUACCUGGGUACCAUGGUCUUCUCUUCUGUCCCCGGGGUCGGCUGUGUCAAACAAAUGAAGGUACCAAUGCUGUUACUUCCCCACCUGUGAGUCUUGCCACCCAAGACCCGUUAUUCCAUCUGUCUUUACAAUUAGCUGGGCCUCCAGGCCACUCUGUGGGGAAAGAAACGCUAGAAGAGCUGACUGAAGCAGUACUACAGGCUCUGGUGAGCAGAGGCCACACUGGCAGGUGCUAUUUCCACAGCCCCUCCACUACCACUGGACUGGUGUUCACUGUGUACAUGUGGAAGUCCUCUGGCUGCCACGGGCCUUCGGUUGGUAUGCUGCACAGGGCCCUGACCCUGAGUCUCCAGAAGAAGCCCCUGGAAGUAUAUUAUGGAGGAGCCAGCUUUACCACAGAACACAUCGAGUCACUGGUUACCUUGGACCAUAAUUCCUCCAUGACUCAUCUAGGGCUGUCCAUGGGACUCUGCCUAACACUGCUUAUCCUGGUGGGUGCACUGGGAACCAUGGCCUAUCAGAGAAGAGCUAUUCUCCAGGUGGCACCAGCUGCCCCUCACCAUUCACCAGAGCUCCAAGAAACAAGGGGCCCAGUUGAAGGAAUAAGAGAGGUGUGACAUGACAGGAUAGAUAGGGCAGAUUAUUUCUUGGAAGACAACUGGAUGGAAAGUCUAUACUUUUCUCAGAAUGCCUCUUUCUCUAGGUAUCAACUCUAUUCUAGCCUUGUAAUGAAAAAAUUCCAGAGACUUAUGGUUCUGAAGAUUCUUUAUUUUGAUACAAAAAA